GUUUGUUCUGCCCUUAGCCCAUGAAGGAGGUACGCAUGAAAUGUUCCUGUCUGAGUUCAGAAACUCACAGUGCUUUGUGACAUCAUUGUUGGAGUACCAGACCAAAGGACAAGAUGCUCGCCCCGCAAUAACCAUCACAUCGUACACCCAUUUCGCACAGGAAAAGGACCUGGUGCUUGUCUUGGCGGAGUUCAACAAAGACAUGAUCACAAAGGCGGGGGCAGCUUCAUUACUUGGACAGCUGGAAGUGCUUUACAACCAAAGCACAGAGGAGCAGUUUGCGGUGGUGCGACAGUUCAAUCAUGACCCCCAGAACUUCGACAUCCAAACACUUAUCCCCAAGGCAAAGGCAGAGGAUUUCACCGCCCCGGCCGAAUAAGAAGCCGCGCCAAGCAUGGACAUUAGGCUUAAAUUACCACAUAUGAAAGAAUAAUGUCCUCCAUGCACCACUUGUAAGGCAACAGGACCUUAAAACCCCACAUGUGAGAAAACAAGGCUUAAUUGCGGGGUAUAUGGAGGAAUUGAAUUGGACACGCAACAUUCGGUCAAACGCACAGACAGCACCGAUCGAUUAGGGCGGAUAUAUUGAUAUAGCAAGCUUGAGAAGAGCACGUGUAUGCCCUCUCUCACACAUACAAUCGAAGCCAAAGUAUUCCCCAAGACCAAACGGCUGGGCCGAGUCGUGGGAAGAAUUACGUGCGUUGAAUAACACGUGAGGAGAUCAUGGCUCAAAAUAUCUCAUGUGUGAAAAUAAAGGCUGCGGAGAGCACUUGUGAGAGAUUAAGGAUGGAUAAUCAACACGCGUGACGAAGUAAGGGUUUAAAGCUAUUACGGACUGUUUGUCGCUGCUUACUCAUACUACAAUCAGAGGCUUGGUCUUGUGACCAAAAUAACCCUUAAUAAAGUACGGACCUGUAUUCGAU